CCUUUCAGCGACUCGUUACAAAAUGACGCUGAUAGCAGAGUGGUUGUUUUGGCAACAAUUGCAAUGCUAAUCAUCACCAGUUUGUCAUUAUGAAGCCUCCAUCCCGCCGCCGGAUUACACCAUCUCGUUUUUCAGACUCAAGAAACACAGAAUCAAUAAAAAGGCUUCGUCCUGAGUGUGAUCGUCAGGAAAUGCGGAGUCUUCUACUUGCCCUAAAACAACAAAAUAGGUUAAAUUCAGAACUGGAUUUUUUGGCACUUCGUAAGAAAGUUCCAAAAUGGUCUCUGCUUCAGAUCCAGAACAUGAUCAAGUUUUUGAGGAAGAGUGUACUGCAAAGAGUAUAUAUGCAGGUUCAUAAACAGAGACGUGAGGAACAAAAAAAUAAAGUGCCAACAGAACUAUGGGGAGAACUAGCACAGAAAAUGGCUGGUGUCCAUGAGGAAACAAUAUCUUCUGCCUUCUCUCAAAUGCUGGUAAUUGCUUCCACAGAGCCGUGCAGCCUCAGCCACUCGGAUCCCCCACGCAAUACCGACUCUCAGGGCCCUCUAUCAAGUGGCUUGCGUACUGUACCUCUGAGGUCAAUGCCUAAAUCCCACGCUAGCUCACCUCCUCCAGUGAUGAUUUUGCCUGGACAAGCCAAUAAAACCCCUCAAUCACACAAGAAGGAUGCAGUACCCAGCCAGUCUACUCAAACCACCACAGUCACAUCUUCUUUUACCGAUACUGAAGCAGAGCAUAGUGAGUUGCCGCAAGAAACAGAGCCAACCGAAGUCCCUGCCACGCCAUCCACAUCAGCCACCCGUAAAGCACUUUUAAAUCAACAGGUCUCAAAACCAACACCACCAGUGUCUGCUUCAAGUGCAGUGCCAUCCAACGCUGAUCACCAAGAUAAGCAGCCUGGAUGUGCAGAGCAACUCUGGCAAUAUAGACCAAUGGGGGCAAAUAGUGUAGUUGAUUUUGAAAAGAUAUACCAAUUUUUGUGCAACAUCAUUCUCCAAAAGAACACUCAACCUCUUACUGCUAUGGAAAGUGCAGUGCUUCUGGACCUGUUGAUGUCAUUACCUGAAGAGCUCCCCUUGCUGAACUGUAAGGAACUGCAGCAUCAUCUACUACAAGUUUACCCCCGUCUGAGCACACCUGCAGCGAGGCUCAGCACAGAUCAGGGGCCUUCAUUUGCUAAUUCCACAUCAACUAGAGGAGCAGAACAGCAAACAUCCCUAUCUGAUCAGAAUGCAAAAGGACCAAUUGAAUUUUUACAAACACGGAGUGUACAGUCUACAGGGGUAGAGUGUGUUCAGGAGGGAGCAGUAAAGGCAACAGAAUUACCAAUAUUUGCUGGAGAUUUUGAAGGCCAAUCACCAGCAAUAAAGUUAGCAGAUAAAGGUGAUUGGGCCACUGCUGGUCUGUGUCCACUAAAUCCAUUCAUGUUGCCACUAGCCCUUCUGAAGCGACAGUAACCCAGAAAAAGUGCAAAAGCAACUCUGGCUUAUUUUAAGCACUUUGAUGAUGAAGUUGAUGUUUUAAAGUAAUUGUUUGAUCUAGGAAAUAAAAAUACAUGUUAUGUCCAUUGAAUAUGAAUAUAAAUGAUUGAAAUAAUUUUAUAAAGCUUGUUAGUAUAAAUUCGUUUUUAGUUUACAUUACACUGAAAACGUUUGUUUGUUAAUAUGCUAAUGUUUAAUGUGGGAUAAAUGUACUAUUUGAAUAUUUUUUCUAUUUUUAGUUACAAAAGAAUGUUUGUACACAUGGCUGUGUUUAUUUAAUAAUAAAAAACAUUUUUCGUUAAUCA